AAAGACUUCAGUGUUUUUAUUGGAAAGCCAACCUUAAAUAAUACAUCUGAUUUUAGUUUUAGCUGAUAGGAGGACCACAGUGUACUGAAAUGUUUAAAGGGGUAUAAUUUUGUUUAAAAUACUUUGAAUAAAAAAUAUUUUAAAGACAUGAUUGUGAAUGAGCAAAGUAAUCCCAAGUCACUGACACAUUAAAGUUGCAGUCAUCACUUUGCCAAGAGCUGAAUCUACUGGUUUAUCAGUGUAUUGAUGCCAAAGUGGCCUUUGUUGGCAUUAUAUUGAUUUGUUACCACUUAGGAACACAUAGUGACUUUUUCAUCACAGCCCCCGGAAGAGAAAUUGGCUCAAAGUUCAAGAGGCGUAAACUGAAUUGGUCUGUAUAUUCAGCUGAUAUAUAAAGUUGAAAGCUGAGCCUUGUAGGACUCUUGUAGGACUCUUGUAGGACUCUUGUAGUAUCAGGACUGAGACAUUUUCCCUAAACAAAAUGAUUUUGUACCUUCUGUUUACUGCUUUUAUAGGUUUGGCAAUUUUGCUGUUAUGCCUCUACUUAAGAAAUCCUUAUGUUUGGAAAGAUUUAAGUUUUGCAGUUACUUUAAUCCAAAUUGCUUUACGCAUGAAUAAAAUCAAGAAACAGAAACCAUUUUACAGCAUUUUGGAGUGUUUUUUGGAGAAAGUGGCGAGACAGCCGCAUAAGAAGUUCAUAGUUUUUGAGGAAAGCUCUUACACCUACAGCCAAGCCGACAAAGAAAGCAACAGAGUAGCAAGAGCUCUGUCAACUCAUGCUGGCCUGAAGGAGGGGGACACGGUGGCCUUGUUCAUGGGCAACGAGCCGCACUAUGUGUGGAUCUGGCUCGCACUGGUCAAGCUUGGAUGCACAGCUUCUCUUCUGAACAACAACAUCAGAUCCAAAUCUUUGCUACACUGCUUCUCCUGCUGUGAAGCCAAGGUCCUGGUCGCUGGUGCUGACCUGCAAGCAGCUGUAGAGGAGGUGCUGCCUGCUUUGAAACAACAGGGCAUCCGUGUAUUUAUCCUCACUGAGGACUGCAGCGUUGAGGGCAUUGAAAGCCUCUGUGAUAAAAUUCAGCAGGCCUCAGACCAGCCACUGUCACCUCAGCUGAGUGCCAACAUUGACAUUAAGAGUCCUGCACUGUACAUCUUCACAUCAGGAACCUCGGGGCUUCCCAAGGCAGCUAUAGUCAGCCAUGAGAAGCUAUGGAUGACGUCUUUUGUGCUGUCACUUGUUGGCGUACGCUCAGAUGAUAUUAUUUACAUUUACCUGCCUCUCUACCACGGUGGUGGCUUUCUGAUGGGACUUUGUGGGGCCAUAGAAAAAGGCAUCACUGUUGUUUUGAGGCGUAAAUUCUCUGCCUCCCAGUUCUGGAAUGACUGUAGAAAGUACAAUGUGACAAUCAUUCAGUACAUAGGAGAAAUUAUGCGCUAUCUCUGCAACACACCAAAGAGGGACAAUGACAGAGAUCAUAAAGUUCGAUUGGCUUUGGGGAAUGGGAUCCGGGCCGACACCUGGGCUGAAUUCCUGCAGCGAUUUGGGGAUAUUCAUAUUUGUGAAUGCUACGGAUCGACAGAAGGAAAUAUCGGCUUUAUCAACUAUGUUGGGAAGAUAGGGGCCGUUGGCAAAGAACAUUUUAUACACAAAAUGGGAUAUUCAUAUGCCCUUAUAAGGUAUGACCCAGAGAAAGAGGAGCCAGUCAAAGACUCCAGAGGAUUUUGUAUCAGAGUCCCCAGAGGAGAAACUGGUUUGUUGGUGUCAAAGAUCGGAGAAAGAACACCUUUCAGUGGCUACGCCAAGAACGAGCAGCAGACAGAGAAGAAGAGGCUGAGAAAUGUGUUUGUGAAGGGAGAUCUGUACUUCAACAGCGGCGACCUUCUAAAGAUAGACAACGAGGGAUUUGUCUUCUUUCAAGACCGUGUUGGAGACACCUUCAGGUGCAUAGAUAAAACAACCUGA